AUGGAGUCCCUGCGCAACGGUGCCGAAAGGCUAAUGAAGCCAACAGAUGAGGGGCUUCCCCGCGACGAUGAUGUCGUGCUGUCAGGGCUGAUCCGCGAUCUGCAAGCAGGAAUUGAGGACCAGCUCGAAAUUUUGGGCAACAAGGAUGCUGAAGUAUGGGGGAAGAUGCAGCAGAAGCCAGAGAUGCUGCGGCAAUUGGCAGAUGAGCCGAUGCCGACUCCUGAGCGUCCGAACAACGGAUUGCUACCAGAGGAGCUGCCGCAGUUCGUCGAGCAGUCCUUAGUUCCCAUCGUCGUCAUCCUGGGGUCGUCCUUCCUCGUGGCCAUUCUCUCGCGGCAGUUCCUCCGUGUUGUCACUGAGUGGAGGCGGAGUAGAGAAGAAACUAGAGCCGAGAGGAUACGAAAGAUCCAGAAGCGCCGCUUUCAGGCGUUCACCGGUGUUGUCAACGGUGCGCUGGAGAAUCUAGCAAGAGGCGAAUUCUCCAAGGCUGCUGAGGGCUUCGACCAAGUCGCGAACUUUGCGAAUCGUUGGGCAUCGGAGCCGACGUGGGAGGAGUUGCUUCGUGUUGAAGUCCUGGCCUUCUGGGAGCGCUGGGGGCCACAGGCCUACAGACUGGAGGCCAACAUUGGCGACUGGACUGGAGCGCCGCGGUCGUCGACCUCUGAGCAGUUCAAGUGGGUGGCUGACAGAUGGUUCAGCUCCGCGCAGUCCGUGGUCAAGGACUUCGCUUUCGAUGCUGUGAAGGCAUGGGGCGAGGAAGCCACAAAAGCUGCCAAUGCUGCACGCGAAGCGGCGCAGCUGCGCAGCAAGGAGCCACCACGUGGCCGUGGUCUCGUGAUUCGAAUUUACGGUCGUUGGCCUGCACCAGAGGACUGGAUCAACAUUGCAAACCUGCCGCUGGCUGGGGACUGGCGAGAGCAGGCGCUGCGAUUGCUGUUGCCAUCUGCCAAGGAUGUGCAGGACGUGCCUCUUCUCGGGUCCUUUUCUGAGCAAGCACUGACAGCAGUGGUCUCGGGACAAGUCAGUCGUGCAAUCCAAAACUCUGCCUGGGGCUCUUUGACGACAGACCUUUGGCGAAGAGGUUCGGGUGUUGCCUCCGAAAAACCAUUCGAAAUUGGCUACGAGGUUGUGGAGGUGAACUCUUCAGAUGCCGAGGAGAUGUGCGGACUUGCACGUUCGAUGCCGAAGAGCGGCACACCUGGGCGCGUGCUGAGCGUGAACCCCGAUCUCCAGUCUUUAAUUGAGUCUGCCACAGAUUUAGACGAGACUGGCGAUCAAGCAAGUAAGCGUUGCAGCGGAUGCAUCGCAUGA